AUGAGAGGGGGCAGCCUGUCCCCGGCUUCCACCUCAGCCCGCGCCGGGUCCUGGGCGGCGCGCCAGGAGGACCAAUCGGGUUGGGACCUGAAGGUGAGGAUGCUGAGCGGCCAGGAGAUCUCAGUGCCCCUGACCAACUCCAUGAUGCUGUCGGAGCUGAAGCAGCUGGUCGCAAAACAGAUGGAUAUACCUGCCUUUCAGCAGCGGUUGGGCCACCCAGAUGGCAGAGAGCUGCAGAAUGGGGUGCCCCUCAUCAGUCAGGGCCUGAGCCCCGGUAGCACAGUCCUGCUGGUAGUGAAGAAAUGUGAACCCAUGAGCAUCCUGGUGCACAAUAACCAGGGUCGAAGCAGGGCCUACAGUGUUCAGCUGACUGACACUGUGGCACAGCUGAAGCAGCAGGUGUCCCAGCAGGAGAGAGUGCAAGUUGACCACUUCUCCCUGACCUUCCAAGGGAGACCCCUGCAAGACAGUGAGAUGCUGGGAAAGUAUGACCUCACUCCCCAGUGCACACUGUUCAUGAAUCUGGGACUUCGGGGCGGCGGGGACAGACCCUAG